GGCGGACGGGGCAACUCCCUAGGAGGCAGACGCUAGCAGACGGCGAGUGCUGGGAACCGGGCAGCGAACCGUCCCCGCGGGUCUCUGGAGGAGGUCAGCGGCACCAGCGUGCGCCAGCAGCUUUACGAAAAAGUUGAAAUCUGACCAAACUGAACAGCAAAACCAGCGACUCCCUGUACUGCACAUCAUGGCACUACCAUUCCGGAAGGACUUAGAAAAGUACAAGGACCUUGAUGAAGAUGAGCUCCUGGAGAAUCUGUCAGAAAUAGAACUGAAGCAACUGGAAACGGUGCUGGAUGAUCUUGACCCUGAGAAUGCCCUACUGCCUGCAGGAUUCCGGCAGAAGAACCAGACAUCAAAGUCUGCUACAGGGCCGUUUGAUAGAGAACACCUCCUUUCAUAUCUGGAGAAGGAAGCAUUGGAGCAUAAGGACAGGGAAGACUAUGUGCCCUACACUGGAGAAAAGAAAGGAAAAGUAUUCAUCCCUAAACAGAAACCUGUACAGACUUUCACAGAAGAAAAAGUAUCUCUUGAUCCAGAAUUAGAAGAAGCUUUGACAAGUGCUUCUGAUACAGAAUUGUGUGACCUUGCAGCUAUUCUUGGGAUGCACAACUUAAUAACAAAUUCACAGUUCUGUAGUAUAGUGGGAAAUAGUAGUAAUGGUGUGGACCAAGAACAUUUUUCAAAUGUGGUUAAAGGUGAAAAGAUUCUCCCUGUAUUUGAUGAGCCACCAAAUCCAACCAAUGUCGAAGAGAGUUUAAAGAGAAUUAAAGAAAAUGAUGUUCGUCUUGUUGAAGUUAAUUUGAAUAAUAUAAAGAAUAUACCAAUUCCAACACUAAAAGAUUUUGCAAAGGCUUUGGAAACCAACACACACGUGAAACAUUUCAGUCUUGUGGCUACCCGGAGCAAUGACCCCGUUGCUGUUGCUUUUGCAGAUAUGUUGAAAGUGAACAAAAACUUGAAGAGCUUAAAUAUGGAGUCCAACUUUAUUACUGGAGUUGGGGUUCUUGCACUCAUUGAUGCUUUAAGAGAUAAUGAAACCCUGGCAGAGCUCAAGAUUGACAAUCAGAGGCAGCAGUUGGGGACAGCUGUAGAAUUGGAAAUGGCCAAGAUGCUUGAGGAAAAUACAAAUAUCCUUAAGUUUGGAUAUCAGUUUACACAACAGGGACCUCGAACCAGAGCAGCUAAUGCUAUAACCAAAAAUAAUGACUUAGUUCGCAAGAGACGAGUUGAAGGAGACUACCAGUAAGCCUGCCAAAGGAUAAUCUUCAGAAGACUUUGAAAGGUUACCAAGGGCUCAUGUUGGUGAUGCCAGAUAAAAAAAUUUUCCUGGGUAAAAGGGAAAAGACUGGAAAUGUUCUUUAACUGCAUGUUUCUUUUUUCUAGUUUAAGUCGUUAAGCAGUUUCAAAUUAUAAAAUGACUUUAGGUGAUGUUUUGUAUUUUAAAGCAUUAUUUCUUUACUUUGCUACAAUCAUUUUUAACUUAGCUUAAUUAAAUGGUUCAUGGUGAGCCUGAGGUUAAAAUUUACAGUUGUAUACAAGUUUCAGAAAUCAUUUAUGUAGAGUAACUUAAACAUUUUGAGGACCAAUCUUUUUAAAUUAAAUAGGAACAGUGCUGACUACAGAAUUACUGUUGCUCCCCUAAGCUGAAGACACUUCAAAGCUUUCCUUAUCUUACGACAAGGAAGCUUUUCCAUGUUUUAGAAUACAUGAACUUAGCAAGAGUGUGCUUUUUCCUUCUAUCCAAAAGCAGAAUAUUAAAACAGAUGACUUAAAAUCUGGCCAUCUGUUUAGAGCAGAUUUCUAACAGAGAAAUGGUUUUGUGCAUUCCAGGUCACUGCACUUGGAUGUGUCAGCAAUACCUGACUUCCCAUAAAUAAAGUCACCAGCUUUCUGGGCUCAUACUUUGCUUAAAUAUAUACUUCUGUCUAAGUUUAUUAUAGUUUCCGUUUUAAUAAAGUGGGCAUUAUUAAAUUUUUAUGAACACAUAGUAAAAAGCAUCUGAAAAGGAAAGCUAUUUUCUUUCUUAUAAAAGGCAAUUGUUGGUUAUUUAGGGUAAAAGAGAAAGCAAACUGUUGUUAAUAACAUGGAAUCAAAGAUAAUAAGAAUGUAAAAAUUCAAGUCUGAGGAGUAUAUAAAUGGUCACUCAAAUUGAUGGUUUUUCUGCAAAAACUGGCACACAUAUAAAUUGUUUCAAAGUAUGGGAAUACAGAAUUGUGUUAACAGUUGUAAUCAUCAUUACAAAUUUUCCAACCAAUAACAAAAACUGCUGUUUUUCAUAAGUGUAAUUUUUAUUAUCUAUAUCUUUCCUAUUAUACUUUUUUAGCCCAUAUUAUGUAAAAGUAAUUUCUCGUGACCAAAGCAGUCUUCCUAAUGCUGAAAGUGUUAAAGUGAACAUUUGAACAGUGUUCUGUGCUUGGAAGACCGACGCCAGAUGCGAAAUUGCCAAGGAGGACCUACCCCGUGUUCACGCCCUGCCUCAGGUUAGCUUCUGCACAGGAGAAUUGGCAGAGGCAUUUACGGUUACCGGACACAGGGGCCUCAUCUAAGUGAUUCUGCUCUCAGAAAUUCAGACCUGUCUCUAUCAUUCAUUUAUAGGGAGAGGCCUCUAAAGGGGAAGACUUGUCAGCCUUUUAAAAUUAAAUAAAUUGUCUGCUUUGGCUUGGACUGCACAGUUAAGCUGAUGGCUUAGCAGUUUCUUGUGCACUAUGGCAAUAAGCCUUCUUAGGAGAAAUUUUCCUCUUAAGAACUAAGGUGUGCCUGUUUUUUGAAUCCAUAUUCAGUGUUUAAAAGGGGCCAGGAUUAAUUCUGCACUAUUCCCUUUCAGGUAUAGGCUGCUGGUGGUUUUUUCAAGUUAGAUGUAUGCGCCCCUCCCCUUCUUUUCACAUGCAACUUUGGAUUUGUACUUGACUUGAGGCUGCACAGCCCUGCCAGAGCUGGGGAGUCAACAUGGACCCUUUAUAGAGGCUGCCAUUUAACUUUUAGCACGGCUUCCUUGCUCAUACUAUUCUCUAAAUCAGUAAAAUGAGAAUAUGUUAACCUUUCCUCCCAUGAGUUUAUUUUUUUUUUUAAUUCAGAUAUAGGUAGGACCCUAUAUAUAGGUGGACCCUACCAAGAAUUGUGUAUCAUACUUUCAAGUAAUGUUUUUUUCAGUUACUAUUUAUCAAAGCUGCAUAAGUUCACUGUUUCCUUGUACUAUUCCAGUUCUGAGCAACAGAAUAGUUCAUUAUAUAAUUAGAGAAAAGUUUUCUACAUAAGUAACUUUAAAGAUGAAUAUUCAUCUGAUUGAAUACAGAAAAUCUUUUAAGAAUGUUACUUUACAAGGGAGAAAACUGAUGUUUACUUUGAUCUUUAAAAACUUGGCACCUCAGCUUUUUAAGCUUUCACUAUUUCAAGAUUGCUCCAAAAUUUGAUAAAUUAUAAUUUUGAAGUAGUGAUUUUUAAGCCAAAAUUUUUUUAAGGUUUUAUAGUCUUAGCCAAUUAAACUGGUAAUCAAAUCAAAGGAUUUUUUUUUUGCAUUUUUAGAUUGCUGUUUUUUAACAACUUUUUAACUGCCCAUUUUAUAAAAUUUGUAUUUGUUUGAAGUUAUAAUUUUUCCACUAUGUCUGUUUGAAAUAGCAUGUAUUUAAAAAUAAAUUGCUAAUAUUGACAUUAUUAAAAUGAAUUUUGGUGCUGUAUACUAUAGCAGAAACCUAUUAGAAGUCCAAAGUAUAAAUUUCCUAUGGGUGCCUGUCAUUUAAAAGACCACAUUUGGUGUUAAAUUAGUAGAUUGUUAAAGAUAUCAAGGAGAAUUUUCUCAGUUGUUAAAUUGUUAAUUGUUGCUAUUUAAAUGAAAUAACUCGUUUGCUUGCUUUGUGCAUUAGAUAUACUCUGGAAAAGUUACAUGUAAAUAGAACUUUGUAAAAUGUUUUCCAUUGACAGUAUCUGACAUAUUUUCAUUUAAAGAAGAGGAUUCCUUCAUAUAAUAAAAAUUAUAAAGGAAAAAAUGUUUUGAUAAAAAUGUUAGUGAUAUAUUGUACAUUAUAUUUAACCUUUGCUGCCAUUAAAAUAAGAUGGAAGGACUCAUGGUGUUUCAUAAAAUCGUAUAUUUUUGCUUCUGUAGCCCUAAUAACUGCCUGACAUUUCCUUAUUAAAUCAGUAACUACUCUUACCUUCCAGGAAAGGAUAAUGCUUUUUUUAGCGACCUUUCUCUGGCUGGUUCAUUAUUGUCCAACUUUAUUCUCCUUUAUUACAUUCUCCUUUAUUCUCAUUUAUUCCACAUCACUGGAAAAUAUUUUUUCCAGGCUUAUUGAGAUAUAAUAGACAUAUAGCAUAUUAGUUUUAAGUGGAUAAAGAUUAGAUCUAUGUGUAUACUACAAAAUGAUCACCACCAAUAAGUUUAAUAUCCAUCACCUCUCAUGGUUAAAAAAAGUUCUUCAUUUUUCCUUGUGAUGAGAAUUUACAAGAUUUGUUCUCUUAACAACUUUCAAAUCUAUAAUACAGUUUGUUAACUAUAGUCAUCUUCCUGUGCAUUCAUAGUCUAUACUUAAAACUGGAAUUUUGUAUCUUUUGCCCACAUUCAUCUGUUCUGCCAACUGUCCUCCACCUUAUUCUUCAUUCCCCACCUCUCUUAACCCCCCACCCCUGGCAGCCAGCAGUCUCUUCUCUGGCUCUUUUGAGUUCAGUUUUCCUAGAUUCUCAUAUAAAUGAGAUGAAAGAAUAUUUGUCUUUCUUGUCUAUUUCAUUUGGUGUAAUGACCUCAAGGCCAUUUCAUUUUUGAAUAGUGUUGACUAAAGACAAAGCACCCACAAAGUAACUCCUCUAUUGUUGCUCUUGGGUCUAAACAUCUGUAGAACUGUCUUUUCUCCAUCAGUGAUCACUGAUCACUAAUGUUUCUAGAUAUUUCUCAUUAUAAGGCUAUCUUACCAAGUAAACUUCACUAUAUUUAAAUUGAGAAAAUUGUAUUCAAAAACUAAAGAUUUUUAAUUAUGUCAUACUUUAAUUUGGUCAUUCUUAUGUCAUAUGGACUUUUAUGGAUUAUGAUUCAACUCUAUAAAUUCUUUUAUUACAUUUUAGUAAUGUUUAACUUGUAACCCUAACUCUUUGAGGAGCCAGUUUUAGGGGCUGCCUAGGGAAAAACGACAUUACUUAGUAAACUGCUUAUAAGGCAUUAUUGAGUAUUUUAGAAGCCUUUAUUGACAUAUAAAAUUUUUUACUUAAGACACCUAUACUAGUGGCUACAUAAAAAUAGAUUAUAGCACUAUGAGAUAACCACUAGCCAUGUUUUAUUAACACAGUUGUACAAAGAUCAUAUAUUUUUAAGAUAAUCAGACACUUUGAGUCUACCUAUGUAUCUGAGGUUUCACUUCCUUUUCUGCCAGUAUGUUUUAUUUGCAGUAGAGCAGUUAAUUGACCUAAACUCUGCAAAUAUUUUGUCCAUAUUUAUAUGUUGUAUGUCAGGUUUAAUAAGGACAAAUUCUGGGUUUUUCUUGAUGUGUAUGUAUAGGAAUUUAUGCUAGUUUAAAUUUCAUUUCCAUCGAAAAAGAAAUAUAGUUUUGGUAAGUUUCAAUUUUUUUUAUUUGCUUGAGAAUCAGAAAAAAGUAAUUGCAUGUCUGCAUGUACAUAUAAAAACUUUUGUAAUUUGAAACACAUUAUUUUCAGUCCUUUAUAUUUGGCCUCAGUAUGUGUAAAACCUUUAUAAUAGUGCAUCAUUUUUUGUCAUGUAAAACCAGGAACUUAAAUACAUUUUAAUGCUAAAUAUUCAAAAUACUGUUCAUAUUUUUUUCAAUUUUUA